AUGAAAAAAAGUGAAGACAAUAUAGAAGAAGAAGAAGAAGAAGGAGAAGUAAAUAAGGAUAAAGAAGAAGAAGAAACUUUGAAGGAAGUAGAGGCAGAAAUACAGAACAAUAAUGAGCUUGAGGCAGAUGAGAAAAAGAAAGAAAAAGAAGGGAAAGAAAAUGAGGAGGAAGAAGAAGUGGAACAAGAAACAGAGCAAGCAAAAAAAGUUCAUGAAAAUGAAAGUGAAGUGGGCAAAGCAGCUGUUGAUGCCAACAGUAAAGAAAUAGAAGUUCCAAAUGGUCUCCAAACACAAGAAAAUCAAGAACCAGAUGCGAAGGAAAAGGUUGUAAAAGAAAGUGAAAGAAACAAAGAGAAGGCAAUGAAAGAGAAUUUCAUUGAAGCAGUCGUGGAUAAUGAAGGGAUUUUUCGAUCAUUUGAGAGAGCAAAGAAAAAUGAAGGGAUUUUUCGUACAUUUGAAGGAACAAAGAAAAGGAAUGAAAGAAUUUUUCGUUCAUUUGAGGGAACAAAAGAGAAGAAAAAAGAGGAGGAAGAAGAAAAGAGGAAGAAGGAGGAGGAAGAAGCAAUUGAAAGAGCUAAAGAGAAUGAAAUUCGAAAAAGACUUGGACAAGGAGAAAGUUCCUUGCGAGAGAUAUUUGAAAUCUCAAGACGUCCGGGGACAUCACAUGACCUAAAAAGAACCAGCCCCUUGCAUUUCCUGCAUUUCUAUGAGGCUCUAGCACUUGAUUCUUCACAAAAACCCGAAAAAAACUGUCUUUGUUCACACCUAACUUUGUUCAUAUCUAUCUAUCUAUUUAUCUAUCUUAGUCUUUUCAUAUCUAUCUAUAUCAUUCUAAUUCUAUCUAUCUUAUCUAUCUAUCUAUCAACUUAG